AUGAGGACUCGAUCAGCCCCAGCAAAAGCAAAGUCUGAAGUGAAGUCUGAAGAACAGACUAAGACUAAAACACUUGUUGCAGCAGAGAAACCAAGCAAAACAUUCAUCCUCCCAUCAUCUACCAGCGACAAUGCGCGACUCCUCUCCUUACCAGAUCCCCAAUCGGGAGAGCUAACGCGCUAUUUCUUCUGCCCGGAUCGCGGUAUAUACGAAUUUACAGUUGUUGCACCGCCAGCGCAUCUGGGGCGGAGUAUCCUGUUCACUCCUCGCACACGCAAAACCCCAAGCUCGUCGGAAGAAGAGAAAAAGGAUACCGAGCCCUCCGCACAGGGCUCAAUCACGAAGAAAGCAGAGUUCCUGGUGGCGACCCCAAUCGAUGCGAUGUUUUUCAUGGUUCCAUUGUUAGCACCUUCUCCGAAUUCAGGCCGUUCUCUUUUCCAGCCGUUUGACGAUAUAAUCGAUUCCCAAGACGACAUGCCCAAGCAUCUGCGCCAGGUCCUUUAUGAUGAUGAAUUCCGGGGCUCCCUUUUAGAACGGGUGGAAGCAAUUUGUGAAGUGGUCGAGGCUGGGGAUGAGAAGAUGUUCCGGUUCAACGAGACCAAGCUUGUUCAGGAGUUGGUCACAAAGGCGGAACGCAUGGCGGAUCAUGGUCUUCCUGUGAGUCUGGAAGAACGUUUUGUUCGUGAGGCGCUAGCCACGCCAUUGAUGUCGGUCAAACGAGAAGAUGUUGUGACUAGCCAAGAGCCAUCAAACGAGAGCCAGGAAUCGGCCUCGAAAUCUGAGGAGAGGCAGGAUUCACCCUCAACUGUGGAUACAACUGCGACCCCGUCUAUUGCGACUCCUGUAGGAGAGUCGACACCUGUGCCACAGCCACCGAGCGAAGAGUCAACAGUUCCGGAUCGCAUUACUCGGCUCCUCCGAAUUUCCACUGCGCUGUCCUUCAUGAAGGAGUCUUAUCUGCCCACCACCAUGGCCUCGAGAGUAGAUGAGAUUCUCGCUUCUGCAGAGAGCCCGAUCGAUUUUAAGCCGCUGAAAGACCGUCUCAAGGAGAUUGCGGAGCUUCGUGCUCAAGCACUUGCAUCACGGGACAUGUCCAACUUCAGUCGGAAACGGGCCCUUAACGACGAGGAAGAGGAUACACGGGAGGAGAAGAAACGCCGCAAGGAUGAGGAAGAGAAAAAGUCCAAGGCUGCGGAAUCCCAAGCAGUUAAGAAGCUAAAGAAGGUCAACACUAGCGGGAUGCAGAAAAUGAGCGCUUUCUUCGCCAAGGCUGCACCAAAGAAGACUUGA